UCCUUCGACGCGUCGUAGCGUCGGCAGUCGUGAUUCGGUCGGCGCCCGUAGUGGUUCGUGAGGAGUAUCGCACGUUGUCGUGAACGAGGAGGACGCCUGCUCUAGAGAAACAGACUGCGAGACGUGGACCAUCUUGCAGACUUGCCCGAGCAGGAACCCCACGUGUUCCCGACCGCUCAUAUUCAUGAGGAGUUUAAAUAAAGAGCGCCCCAUCGAUACGAAAGUCAGAGAAUACAGACUCCACUUGGCAUCCAGCGAAAAGCUGCGCUGCCGCGACCUUUGUUUCGUUUUUCACCUGUUGUGUGAGACAAUUCGCGAGAUUUCGAACCUGUUGUCCAUAUACGUUUCAGUAAUAAAAUAAGUGACGAGACAAGAACGAAGUUCAAGCGGAGUUCCGGGAGAGAAAGGUGCCAGGAGUCAUAUGACUCCGACGUACGAGGAUAAUAAUGCGCAUGUAAAUGUCCUUUUACGAGAAACCUUUGAAAAUUCAAUUUCGGAAUUGAAUGAAGUAGAAGUUGAAAAUUUCUCGUAUUUUCCACGCGGAAGCAAUUUGUCUUCUUUCAAAGAGAAAGAAGUUCCAGGAAAAGAAAAACAAUCGAACAGUGUACGCGAUAAAUGAAAACUCUAUUAGACUGACUUGUGUGAGAUCAGCCGGGCGUCGAAGAGACGGAAAAGAUCUUUUUAAUUUCCGUGUGAAACUACCGGAAAAGUAUCAGAACUCGCAUUAUAUUCGCGUUCAAGGUAACGAUAUCCAGAAUGACAAGGAGACUGACCGUGUAUGCAGAGUGAUCGAAUGGUGAUCACGAUGGUGGCGUUGAUCUUGUCGAACAGCACUUAUCCCACAAUCAUCGGCCACGAUGACUCGUCGCUGUUACCCUUCGAGCAUCACUUGAAUGAUACCUACGCGGACGAGAUAGAGCAUGAGGCGGCUAUGUCACCCGGCUCGUACCGGGACCCCCUUUACGUGGUGAUACCGGUGACCGUGAUGUACGCGUCGAUCUUCAUCACCGGCAUCGUCGGCAAUAUCAGCACGUGCAUCGUGAUCACGCGCAACAAGUCCAUGCACACCGCCACGAAUUAUUAUCUCUUCAGUCUGGCCGUGUCCGACCUGUUGUUGCUGGUAUCGGGUCUGCCGCCAGAGAUGUACCUGGUCUGGUGCAAGUACCCAUACAUAUUCGGCGAAGGUUUCUGCGUGCUGCGUGGCCUCGCCUCGGAGACAUCGACAAAUGCGUCGGUGCUGACGAUCGUCGCAUUCACCGUCGAGAGAUACGUGGCGAUCUGCCAUCUGUUCCUCUCACAGACGCUGUCAAACCUGUCUCGCGCGAUCAAGCUAAUCCUCGUGAUCUGGCUAGUGGCCCUGCUAUUCGCACUACCGCAGGCCUUGCAGUUCGGCGUGGUCAGGCACAGCGGGCAUCCCGACAUGGUGAUGUGCACGGUCAAGAGGGUCAUCGUCAACCACUCCUUUGAACUGUCCACGUUCCUGUUCUUCGUGAUACCGAUGUUCCUGAUUACGUUUCUCUACGUACUGAUCGGUCUCAAGCUCCGCAGGUCCAAUAUGAUGAACCCGGGCAGAACCGAAUCGAUGAGGAACUGCAGACGUCAUCCCGGAAGAUCAUCUAGAAGAGUGUUGAAGAUGCUGAUGGCAGUCGUCAUAGCAUUCUUCAUCUGCUGGUUACCGUUCCACAUACAACGAUUGAUCGCGAUAUACGGCACCAACAAAGAGGAUCAUAUCACGUCGAACGGCCCAUGGAUGGAAUUCAUCUAUCUCCUGAUGACCUACGUGUCAGGUAUUUUCUACUACGCAUCUACGACGAUCAACCCGAUCCUUUACAACAUCAUGUCGAAUAAGUUUCGGAUGGCGUUUAUGGAUACCCUCUCGAGGAGCUGCAGACUUCCGGGACUGCCUACACACCACGAGCAGCGCUCGUACUCCAGUCUGUCUCGGUCCCAGCAGAGGACCAUCGGCGCCUACGGUUCAAGGACGGUAGGAGGAUCCGGUAUGAUAGCGGACAGCGUGGAGGGUUCGGGCAAUUCUACGGAGGAGAACCAGAAGCAACCGACAAGUAAUCCGGAGGGUGCGCGCGAGGAACCCGCCAGGGAGACGAGAAACAACAACAAUCUCCAGCAGACGAAGAGCAACCUGCGGCUGCCAGACAGCGAGCAUCGCAGGUGGCAGGAUCGCGGUAAGAAUCGAUCGAUCCGCAGGAACCAAGAUGCCAUGUGGAUGAGGAGAACCAGGUACCAAAGCGUGCCCAAGAUCGACAAUACUGAGAAGAAGUGGUGGCGACUGCUCAAGUGGCUGCCGGGCCUGCAGAGUUUCAAGUUUCCAAGGAGGUCGACCGUGCCGGAAGUCCGCGCGCUCGACGAAGCCGGAAAUCCCCGCGAGGAGCUGUCCAUGACGAUGUGGAACAUCCGCGAUGACGGCGAGCAGCGACCCAUGUGAGUUGCGGUUGUCUCUGAGCCUUUCAGAGAUCAUCGAGAAGACUGACUACUUUGACCUGCGUUUUCGCGCGGCGUGAGCGAUUACAUUUACGAUCGCUUACAAUCAUUACCUGACGAAUAAUGACGACUGAGGUGACGAUCCAGGAUUCGGAAGGUCGAGGUUGUGAUUGUGAAUUUUCUUACGAACGACAAAGACUAAGAUAAGUGGCGUUAGUAACUGCCACUCAUGAUUAAUUCGGAAAGCUUGUAAUGUGUGUCCAACGUAGGAAGGAGUAUUCUGUUAGAUUUUAUGGAAGACAUCCAUGAAAUUUAUAGGAGAAGAUAUCACUCGCAUUUGCCACACGAGUGCUGUACACUUUUGUAUGAUUGCUGGACGCUCGUGUCCGCGAAAUCUACGAAUAAAUUCAGAUCGAGAUGGCAUAAACAAGUCAGAAUGCAUUGCACUGGUACGUCAUAGUAAGUCAAUAAAUCAAAUAGGAUGUCGCGAUCUGACUCAUAAAUCUUCGGAAUUUGCAUCGUCGUCAAGUACACGGUCAUUGAUCAUCGGUGGUUUCUCAUGCAUUAAACCAAUCUAUCGGAACGCUUGAAUGAUGCACACUUGUGUAUUGCACGAGUCAUAAAUUCAGAUUUUUUGCGAGUCCUGAUAUUUCUAAUGUCAAAGCAGUUUUCAAGCGACAGUUUUUAAGCAGUAGACCAGACAUGGAAUAUUUAUCGAUAUCAGAAUCAAAACGAGAUAUGAAACGAAUGUCAUUUCAGCGUUGCGAUGACAUUUUAUUUUCCUCGUUACCUAUCGCUUAUGCAAAAAAAGGAGUGACAAAGUGCCAAGUUCUUCGCCAAGUGAGCAAAUGCCAUAAUGGAUAUGUAUCAUGCGAUAGCUAAUCGUUGUAUAUAACUGCGUUUCGACCAUUAAGAUAAUUAUUUAAGAAGCCCGAAUGCUUGCGUAGAGUGUUAAUGAGCGCUUAAAAUAAGCUAUGAAGUCAAGUAAAAGCGAUAACUUUGGAUAAUAAAGUUUCGCGAGCAUCAACAACAAAUACAAACGCUCGUUGUAAGAAUAUAUUGUGUGUAACAUUUCUGACAUCGCGUGUGACAAAUUGCACUCAAGCUGUAGCGCGAGACUCGUUUCUGAAUCGUAAGUACUCUCGUACCUGUAAAGUUAAUUUUUAUGGGAAUAUUAUACGAAAUUAAUCUCACAGUUUAUCUGAUUGUAUAAAGACGAUUGAGCUGAUCGCAGACUUAGAUCCGCGAGCAGAGAAACAGAUUUAUCGUAAAGCGCAGUUGCUACACUGUAUAGUUUUAACGUAAGAUACUAGCUCUCUCUACAUCGAUUGGAUUUUGAUAAUGUGAUAAUAUUUGUUAUAUAAAAACGACGUAAGAAGCUAUAAAUAAUUAAUUAUAAAAUCUCUCUAUAUCAUUUAUUUUCAUCCACGUCUCGUAUUGGAUGUUGUUCGUAAGUGUAUGUACACUAUCGAUAUUUUUGAUAAUUACACGAGACGCUGCUAGCGUCAUAAAAAUUCA